GGGGUGAUUUUGAUCUUGAGAUAACAUGAUAUAAUUUUAAUGACACUCAGCUUGGAAUUGUUUGAGGAUUCUGUUCAAAAUUUUUAGACAUAAGCUGGAUUUAAUGAAAAAUGGAUAUGAACUACUACUUCAUCAUAACACUUUUAUCACAUUAUUGAGCUGGAAAAAAUAUGUAAUAUUGCUUCAUGAGGAUGCCGUUUAUAAGGAGAAUUUGAUGGACAGCAAUACUGAAACUGUGAAAAAGAAGUCCAAAGGACAUCGCUGCUAUUUUUGUGGUGUAAAGUUUCCUGAAAUCAAUGUAUUAAAAAAGCACAUUACUACUCAUAAAGAUCGUCCAUAUAGCUGUCAAAUUUGUGACAAAAAAUUUGCUGAUAAAGGGGUUUUACAGAAACAUAGAUUUGUGCAUACUAAAGAGCCACGUUGUUUAUGUGAAAUAUGUGGUAAAUCUUUUUAUCAUCAAUGGGAUUUAAAAAAACACAGAGAGAAACAUGUUGAGAAACCAAAGAAAGUGGAAGGUUCUAAAGCUUGUUUACUUUGCAGUAAAAAGAAUUCUGCCAAUCCUCUUUGCUCAGUAUGUUCUCUUAAAGGUAAACAGAUUGCUGAAGAUGGAAAAUUAAUGUGUACUAUUUGUACUUUUACUUUCGACUCGGUACAAUCACUGAAUGAACAUAUGACCAUGCAUAAAAAUUCAGAAACUAAAAAGAAAACUGAUUCUGAAAAGAAAUUACACUUUAAAUGUUCAGUUUGUGGAAAAUUAUUUAAAUUUUUAUCUUGCUUGAAAGAGCAUCUUUAUUGUCAUUCCAAAGAUCGUCCUUUUUCUUGUGAUAUAUGCAGUACUAAAUUCCAAUCUCCUCUUACUUUAAAAAAACAUAUGUAUAUUCAUAUUAAUCACCGACCAUACAAAUGUGAAAUAUGUGACUAUUCUUAUAAAACUGCUUUUGAAUUAAAACAACAUUCUUUAAUUCAUAAAGAAAGUCGACUUUUUACUUGUGAUAUAUGUGGAAAAGGAUUUAAGCUUGCAUGUUCCUUAAAAAAACACAUGAUUUCACAUCAAAUAGUACGUCCUUAUAAGUGUAGUAUAUGUAACAGCACUUUUAAAUCAUCUUACAGUCUGAAACAACAUAUAGUUACUCAUGGAAAUGAAAGACCUUAUAAAUGUGAUAUAUGUUUAAAAGGUUUCAAAUUCUCCUACCAUUACAAUCGACAUAAACGCAUACAUACAGGAGAAUGUCCAUAUGAGUGUGUUAUAUGUAAGAAAAGUUAUAAACAAUUAAACUCUCUACGUCUUCAUUUACAAAUACAUGCAGAGGAAGAAAAGUCUGUAAGAGAAAUAGUAUGCUAAGACUGUGAUGAGAUAUUUAAAGAUUCUUUCACUUUUAAGAAACAUGCUUCAGAAGCACAUUCUCAUGUUGCUUCUGGUACAACCACAUAGAUACUGAUAUCAGUUGACAAAAAGAGGAUUUAAAAAUUUUCGAUAAAGAAAUUUGAACAAUUCUAUUAUCAUAGAUUAUUUUAUUCUAAUAUAUUUGUAAAAAUUUAAAUGAAAUGCAGGAAGUUUAUUUAAAUAAAUAUAUUUUUGAAUUGAUACAUUCAUUGAGCAAAAUCAAUUAUUUUUGCAGACUAUAGACAGAUAUUUGGAUGAUGGCACAAUCAACUGAAGUAAUAUUAAAAGGAAUGGCAUUCAAUAAUUUUUAAUCAUAAUUCUUCUUAAGAAUUGUGAUUAAGACAGAAAAUUUAAAAUUAAGUGAUUAAUCAUUUAUAUUUAUUAUGUACAUAUUGUUAUUCUGUAAUAAGAUGUUGCAUUAUUGUAUUAUAUAAUUUUUAUUAUUACAUGUAUAUAUAAUGGGGGAUUAUAAAUAAAUAAAAUAUAAAUUCAGGGGGAUUAAAAGAGUUUUAAUAAGCUUUGAGAGUAUCAAUGCACAAAUAAUAAUAAUAAUUACUUAAUGUAGUUGAGAAGGUUUUC